AUGCGCAGAUUUCUGUUUUUGCUGAGCCUUACACCGGUGCUGGUGGCAUCGGCGCCUUCCAGCACGUCUGCUGCUACUCCCAACCCAACCGUCUGCGCUGGUGGUGUGUUUCCCGCAAGAACGGUGUACGAUUGUCUAACAAGCGUCCCCUUCAAUCCCGCGGUUGGCAGUCGGUUGCUCAAAUACGUCAACGACACGGUUCAGUUCCAUAGCACGCUUGCUUACCUCGCAAACCCCCCACCGGGCUAUCAGCAGCCCGGUGUUGACUUGGUGGCAGGGCUUUCUCAGCUUCAACGUAAUAUUGACGAGGGGGCUUUCGUGAACGAAUACGACUUCGAGGCAGCGCUCCACCGGCUGCUCCACGCCGGCCAUGAUGACCACCUGCGCCUAGCCGGCGGGAUACUUUCUCCCUUUGCCUUUGGCUCUCCACGGGCGAUUGCAUCCGUGUCCCUGGAUGGAAAGGAGCUGCCCAAGGUCUACUUCGCUGAGGACCUCUUUGCCUAUGAAGCAAGUGAUGGCUCAAGUGAGCCCUCCGCUAUUGCAACCAUCAACGAUCAAGACGUUGUCGAGUACCUAACAGAGUUUGCCGCCGUCAAUGCCGCCGGCAAGCUCGAACCGCACGCGGAGUGGAACAUGCUGAUGCAGAGCGGUGCACUGGACAUCCAAGGUUACUUCGAAGUCUUCUACAGCGGCGCGACUUUCUAUCCGGGCGAGUCGAUUGCAUUUGGCCUCGAAGAUGGAACAGUCUUAGAACCUGAAGAUUGGGACGCACUCUACUUCAGUCCUGGAAACACCGGGCCGCUGGAGACCGGGGGCGAUUUCUACAACUUUUUUGUCCUGAACCGCUUACCGGCCUCCUACACGGAGAUGCCCGAGCCACCCAGCUCGAGUACCCUGAUUGCAGAAGACACCACCUCCUCAUCUGCCGCACCGGCUUCCAGUCCCACGGAGUUGCCGGACACAGCGUAUCCUCGAGCCCCAGAUGUCAUGCAGCCCGGCGGGCUACUCAGAGGGUAUUUCUUAAACGAGUCGUCUCUAGCAGUGCUCACCAUUACCCAGUUUGACUCGUCUGUCGGGAUAUCUAAUUCGUUCAUCGCCACAGUGUGGCAAUUUCUUCAGCGCAGUCGGCGGGCAGGUCUGCGGAAAGUGGUAAUCGACCUGCAACAGAAUUCCGGCGGGCAUCCUCUUCUAGCAUUGGAAAUCUUUCGGCUGUUCUUCCCGUCCAUCGAUCCAUUGGCAGCAAGUCGUCGACGCGCCCAUCCGAUGGCGGACGCUCUGGGAUCUACUUUGACUCCGUACUGGCAGAACCUGACGACGAACCACAGCGCCUACUCUACCCUGUUGACUAACGAGUGGGUCGUCGCUAGUCGAUUGGAUGCAGACACCGGCCAGAAAUUCACAGCGUGGGACGAUUACUUCCACUCGCCAGCUUCCUACGGUGGUGAUCACUUUACAAACUCGGAGCGAUACGAUCCAUUAAACCACUUGUUUGCCUUGGAGGCGGCCGGCAUCACCACCGACAAUCUCAAUUCAUCGCAUUCCACCCAGCCUUACGAGGCAGAAGACAUCAUAAUACUCACCGAUGGUCUCUGCUCGUCGACAUGCGCACUAUUCACGGAAAUGAUGCACCAUGAAGCUGGCGUCCAGACCGUCGUAGUAGGCGGCCGGCCCAACCCCGGACCCAUGCAAGCCGCCGGUGGCACACGCGGUGCAGCAAGCUACAGCGCCAGACGUCUCGACCGCGACAUCUCAACGGCCCAGAAAAUCGACCGAUCCACGCGCGGGCAGUUUCCAGACCGCCGGUAUGACUUCUUGAUCACCGGACUCACAAUCAACCUACGAGACCAGAUCCGCUCCGGCGAUGACGAGGCAUCUCCCACCCCGCUGCAAUUCCAGUACGAGGCCGCCAACUGUAGGAUCUUCUACACUCCGAAAACAUGGUACAACUACACUAAUUUGUGGACGUAUGCCGCGGAUGCAAUUUGGUCGGAUCCGGGACUCUGCGUCGCGACCUCCACGGAUGACCAUACGCACCCAGCGCCCCACCGGCAACCCUACACUGUCGAUACCACCAAACCAGGCACGUCCAAGCCUGUCGAUUAUCCUCCACAGAGCAAUGACCCCUCCAACGAUAUCUUCUCUGGGGUGCGCCAUACGACAAACUACGAUCUACGUCCCUGCAACGAGGACAGUGACUGCACAGGCCGCCACUUGUGCCGAGAGGUCGAGGUAUGCCAGAAUGGAGUUUUAAAGCCCUUGACGCGCUGCAUCCAGUCCUGCUCAAACAUACAUGAUUCGUGCGAUUACGGGAGCUGCAAGUUCGACAGGAUCAGGAGCGUCUUUUGCAAUGGUCUCAUGAAUUCACAGUGUCUUUACAUGCAGCGUGACACCGAGACUUAUAGGGGGGAGUCUGACCAGUGGGUGAGAAAUUGGUCAAAUCUGGCCAACUUCCGAGGGUUCGAUGCUUGCGAUGCGUAUAAUGGGUUCGAAUAUUGUUACACGUUGGAUGGGAAGAAGAGCAAGAUGUUUUCUUGGGAAGAUGGGCUCAAUAACGGUGAAUACGUUGUGCAUGAUGGGGAGGACGACCAUGAUGGAUUGGGUUAUGUUUGA